UUUCCUGUCUCAGAGUAUAGCUGAGUAGUUUCCCCUUUUCUCUUUUCUCAAAACCAGUUUUGCUCCUGGAAUGAUCAUUGCUCUAGUCAGAAUAUAAAGGGAGGCUGCAUCCAAGACAAGUCUUCUCAGAGACGGGACACAGAUGAGUUUUGCUAGACCAGGAGAGGAAACAAGGAGGCUUUUGACUGCACAGGCUCAGCGAGUUCUGGGAGAUGUUCAUCUGCUUGGAGGGAGAUGAUCAAGCUUUGGUGACUUUGGUUUUCUCAGAAUUUCACACUAGCUCUCCUUCGUGUAUGUGUCAGCAGCAUUGGUGCUAGGCUCGCAGCUGCUGACAUCUCCAGUCUGGGACUGCCCUGUUCUUUCAGACAGGGCAACACAGCUCACUGAUACUUCUCGCUCGCCAGCAUGUUGGAAGAAGAUAAUGAUGAGACAUGUUGGAAUAACCUGGAGAACUUCCGAGUGAAGCUGAUCUCUGUGAUAGAUCCUUCCCGUAUAACACCCUACCUCCGCCAGUGCAAAGUGAUCAGCCAUGACGAUGAGGAACAAGUUCUUAACGACCCGAGCCUGGUCAUGCGCAAGCGGAAGGCAGGUGUUCUUCUGGACAUUCUUCAGCGAACAGGACACAAGGGCUUUGAGGCAUUUCUGGAGAGUCUUGAGCUUUAUUAUCCACAACUGUAUAAGAAGAUAACUGGCAAGGAGCCCAGCAGGGUUUUCUCUAUGAUUAUAGACAGUGCUGGGGAAUCUGGCCUGAGCCAGCUGCUGAUGAACGAGAUCAUGAAGCUGCAGAGCACCGUGCAGGAGGAGCGGCGGAAGGCCCAGGAGCUCACCAUGUGGCUGCACGCCAAAGAGAACACGAUCAGGGAGAUGUGGGUGAGGGACAGCCUGCUCCGCAAGCAUCAAGAGCGGGCACAGAAGAUGAAGGAGGAGAGGGACAGCCUGAGCAAGGAGCUGCGGAAGUGCAAGGAUGAGAACUACAACCUGGCGAUGUGCUAUGCCAAACAGAGCGAGGAGAAGAGCGCUGCCCUCAUGAAGAACCGGGACUUGAUCCUAGAGAUCGAUCACUUGAAGCACAGCCUCAUGAAGGCUGAGGAUGACUGCAAACUGGAGCGUAAGCACACAAUGAAACUGAAGCACGCCAUAGAGCAGCGUCCAAGCCAUGAGGUGAUGUGGGAGAUCCAGCAGGAGAAGGAGUUGCUCUUGGCCAAGAAUCAGGAGCUGGAGAACACUCUCCAGCAGGUUGCCAGGGAACAGAAUCUGGAGAACAGCCUCUCCAAGGACACCCUGGAGAAUGACUGUAGCCAGAUACUAGAAGAACGCCGGGAGCUGAUGAACACCAUUUACAGCCUUCGCAAGGAGCUGCGGCGAGCUGAGGUGCUCCAAGACAAAUAUGCAGAGGAAAAAGAGAUGCUUGAACUACAGUGUGUGUCUCUGAGGAAGGACUCCCAGAUGUAUAAAAAACGGAUUGAAGCUGUCUUGCAGCAAAUGGAGGAAGUGGCUUCAGAAAGAGACCAGGCACUCCUGACUCGAGAACAGUUCUAUAUGCAGUACUCCAAGAACCUGGUCGAGAGGGAUGCUUACCGCAAGCAGGUUCGGGAGCUGGGGGAGCGAUGUGAUGAAAUGCAACUGCAGCUUUUCCAAAAGGAGAGUCAGUUACUGGCUACUGAAGCCAAGCUGAAAAGGUUGCAGCUGGAGCUACCCACACCGACCUCUGACCUGGAUGAUACCUCCUCCAGAGAUUCCCAGGAAAAGAUUUCCCUGAAGGACAAGACCAGCAAUUUAGCACUCGAGAGAGCAGUCUGCCUCCAAAGUCACCAAGUUUCAAGGGGUGUGGCUUAGCCAACGAGGAACUGGCAGAAAAGGAGCGGAGGAGGAUGAAGGACUGCUUUGAGCGUUACCGAAGGUCUGGACUUCAGUAAGCAGGACUAAUUCAGAGAUACCCAUGUAAUCUAACUGAUUAGCUUGUUGUAUGUAUUUCCUCUUUUCUGUCCAUCCCCAGCCCCCAGGUUUGAUUCACGGAGGGCACAAAUUCAUUACAGAUCUUCUCUUCAGAGUCUCAUGCUGAACUGGUUGAGACUCCUCUUUUAGUGCUAGAGGUAGCCAAGACAGCAAUGAUUGCAUUUGCUCCGGACCUUGCACUCCCUUCCACAGCAGGGAGUGGAGGGCACUCCAAAGAUCUGCUAGUUUAAUGGGUUUGAUAGAUUUCUCCCCUGUGCGUGAAACCUGACAUUCACUGCCUGUCUGCCACACUGCUGAUAUUCAAGAUCAGGCUCCCACAACUGUGAAUGGGAGCUGAUUUCCACCCUUGAUACUUGUUUGAAGGCCUCUCCUAAUGCCUGGUGUCGUCACAGAUCAGCACCUUUGUGGAGCCUGAAGCUAAUGAAACCCUUGCGAAAUAGGGACCUUAGUUCUAGAAUUGGGUAGAAGUGCUCCUAAUGGUGCAGUAAACUACUCUUUUAGACUGUUGACAAUGUUUUUGUUAAAGAAAGGACUUUGGGUAGGAUUUCUUGGCUUCUUCAACUGAACAUCAACACACCACACUUCAGGGAACGUAAGAAUAUCUGCAUCAGUCUGGGGCAAUUCUCUUUACCUUGUGCUUGCUGGUACUCACAGUGUUGUUGGGUGUGUGGGCAAACCGUCAUGUUAAUUAAACAGUAAAUGGGUUGAUACGCACUAAA